CACAAUGUUGCAGCGCGGCUGAGAUUGUCAGGGAAAUCCGGUGGCGUUUCAGCCGAUCGGUGAACUGCACAGAAGCUGCCGCGGUGUGUGGAGAGCACACCUUCAACUGGUACGGUGCGGGAGGGACAACGAGGAUUAUCGGUGCUUCGUGUACAAGCAUCGAAUUCGGGGGCCACUAUCGUCACCUCAGUGGCGGCUUAGAGCUCCUUCUACGUCGUUUUAUGUGACGCCGCAAGACAUCACACGCUGUUUCAGGUUGAGGAACCGCGGAUAUCAGAAGCAGCCUCGUCAAAGGAAAAUCGAGUGAGACCGUCCCAGUGGCAAAGGUUGUUGCGCGUUGUUGGGAUCGCUGUCGGUUGCCUCGAAGUUUGGAAACAUGACGUUCGCGUGAAGACGUUCUAGAUUCAAGUGACGUUUGGUCGUCCUCGAGGAGAUUGCAGAGAUGCAGAUGGGAUCGAGUCGCACGCGCAAGAUCAGCGCUGGUUCCGUACCGUGCGUGGUGUGUCGACACACCAGCUUCGACGCGGUAGUGGCGCCGCGCUACAGCGGCUGCAUCGGCAGGCGACCUUCCAAGGCGAAACUCAUGCAAGGCCGGUUGCAGAGCAACGCGAACGGCCUGCUGCGUCUGACAGGCUACAGAAAGCGGCGAGCGGACAUACUAAGCGUGAUGGAGAACUACCGGCAGACGACGCUGAGUCGGCUGACGGCAUGGUGCCUAUGGUUCGGCCACUUCAUUCUACAUCCGACCAGCGCCUGGAGAUCGAGCACGCUGUGGCACAAAGUGCAGCUGUUCUUCUGCUACAUCCUCAGCUCUAUAUUUGUGGGCUACCACGAGAAGAAGACGCUCCUCGACUGGGUCAGGAGCCGCGUCAAAAAUUACCCCGUGCCGGACAACUUCUCAUCGGGCUGGAAGGACGGCAUCCUGCUGUGCGCGCUGCUCGAUUCUAUGUACCCGGGUUCGUGUCCUCGCUACGACCUGCUAAACGCAGACAACUGCCUCAGCAACGCACAGCUGGCCUUCUUUCUCCUGGAGAAACAUACACCCAUUAGACCGGAAAUCACCGCGGAGGAGCUUGCUGAAGGCAGUCCGAGCAUCGAAAAGGCUGUGCGAGCCAUUGUUUCUCGGCUGAAGGUGAUCUCCGCCAAGGCCCAGCUGCAGCAGGCUCUGGGGAAGCGACCCUCCAUAAAAGAUGACGGCGGCGACGACUCUAGCAGCCUGGUGGCACGGAAGAAUUGCUUCGCCAAGGGCAUGGGCCUCAUCCUGGCUGUGAGGGGACGCAAGGCCAGCUUCAACGUGUUCACGAAGUCCACGAACAACUUCUGCAUCGUUGUCGAGAUUCGCGGACCCGACAACACAGUCUGCAAGGAAAUCAUCACUAACAAAUCACCCCGACGUAAGGUCACCACGAGCAGCCGAGAAGCCGACAAGUGUGCGCCCGAUGGAGCUGGUCAGGACGACAAGAAAAUCCUGAUAGAGUACGACAUCCAGCCUGGUAUGGUAGCCGUCAAGUACACGCCCCUGCUAAAAGGCAAGCACCAGUUGAGCAUCAUCUGGCACGGACAGCACCUAGCCGGAAGUCCGUUCACGGUGAACGUGGACGACUCUGCCGACUACACGGACGACUUGCUCCUCCAGCGGCAGGACUCGGCUGAUUCGCAGAGCUCCGACAAAGAGUACCCCGCUCCUGCGAGCCCGACCUCAGCAGCGCAGCUUAAAGGAAGGAUCAAAAGGCGCCGCGUCCUCCGUAGAAUUGUCAACGUCAACGGCCAGGACAUCGUGAUCGAAGGAGACGACAAGGACAAGCUCUUCGAAGUCCUGCGGUCCUUGUCGUCCAACGUGUUCAGGCAGAAUGGAGGGGACUAUAGCUCGGGACGAGAGAAGCGCACUAUUACGUCAGCCGAUGGUACGCGAGUAGUCAAGCCUUUCUUUUCGCCCAUGAGCAGUCCGGAGUCAUCUCCCGACACCUACAGCGGUGUGGACUACGGGAGCAAGUCCCUGUGGGAGCGUUCUAAGCAAGUUCCUUCUAACCUCGCUAUGCCGGCGAUCGUCGUCUCCUCGUGUAGUCCGCCUGCCAGUGAAGAGCACACUCCGGAGGUUGCCGGCGAUGCUUCAGCCGAACGGCGUUGUGCAGGUGCACUCGGCGGAAAAGCAUCCCCGAACGUUUCGCCGAGUGGAAGAGCAUCUCCGUGUGGGACAGUGUCCUCGAGCGGAACAAUCACACCGAGCGGAAGAGUAUCCCCGACUGGGACAAUUACUCCUAGCGGGAGGGUGUCUCCCUGUGGAAGGACUUCCCCGAGCGCAUUUCCCGAAGUCUGUGAGUUGGACGAGCUUUCUUCCGCUACGUUAAACUCUUCAAGCGGAGGAAGCAGUGCUGCGCGUGCACUCUUUGUGAGCGACAUGUUGCAUCAAGAGACAGCGGUAUCCUACACUGAGGCAUCACACGAGCUACAGACGGCCGCACAUUUGUCCUCAUUGAGCGAAGCCGGUGAUGUAACUUUCGUAGGAGCUGAGUCACCUGUGAUGAGCGACGACCUUCCGGACUGCUCAGGCCACAAGCAGCUGGAAAGGACCUUAUCAAUCAUAUCAGAAGAGAGCGACAGGCCACCGUCCGAUCAGUUGGAGCCGUCGGAAUCGGCAGAUGUCGCGGACAAUCUCGACACCCCGCCUUCGCGUGAAUACAACGUUGUCGAAGCAGACGAUGUCCCCGAGCCUAGUCAGCAGCAGCCUGAUGAGUCUGCCUUCGGGAGCCGUCCCGUUCCAUCGGAAAGACUAAGCCGGAUGUCUGUUCUCGAAAGAGCGAGAUCACUCGAAAGUGCGUUUCCGCAGCAGUCUCGCAUACAGAGGCACUUAUCGCAGUACGACGUGUCGUCAUCUCAGCAAGCUCCGUUGUCGAAACUAGACGAGUUAUACCUGGACACAGUCAAGCUGAAGCAAUUCUUCACUGAAAACUUCAAGAAGACAAUACAGACAAGCAGCACUACGCACACCUUUACCUCGUCUGGCGAUCGUGAUGAGUUCUUGUCGGUGAGGGACAUGGUCAAAGUGUGGGAACAUCGGCAAAGCCUGAGCCCGUGUGGUAGCCCUGAGCAGGUCAGCCUACGCGGCGAUGCCAGCAACAGUCGACAGGGCGACAGAAGGUUCAGAGUAACACAGGUUGCAGCUUCCAGUAAGGAGAACGAGCCGGAUUUAGUCAAAGACGCUAUUCUUCCGCAAACCGUGCGUCGUCAGGCAUCUGUGGACAGUGGCGUUGGGUCCAGCGGUCAGUCGUCAGAGGACAAAGGGACGACCAGAUCAAGUGAUCAAGCGCUGUCCAACAAGACGCAGCGGCAGCGCAGAUGCAACACCCCGGACUCUCUUCGGUUUCCCGACGAUCACCGCGGCAACACGCGUCGUCCACCGACUGAUCUGGACAGAUCACUGGUCGAGUGCGGCUUCGUCGAGGGAAGUUCUGCCGUACGUUGCGGCAUCAACAGCACCGGUAGCAGCACUGCACAUUUCACGAUGAGACCAGUCAGCCCGACUCUAGUCUCCAUUCGAAAGCGAGACUCCCCUCUAUGUAACUCUCGCAACAACAGCCUACGACAACGCGAGUCUUCCCAGAGGUAUUCGUACGACUUCUGGUUGGGCUACUGCAGCACCGAAGAAGAGGGGUGCAGCCGCGGCACCGAGGGAGCCGACCGAGCACGUCAGCCGAGGAAGCGUCCUGCGAUGGCAGCAAGACGUCGGUCGGAUGAAGACGUUUCCGAAGAAGAAGACGAUGUAGAAUCCGAAGAAGGCAGUUGCGACUGUUCUUCGUGCGAGGAUGGUUCCGAAUUCAUUGACGACGCGUUGCACGACUGUUCCCUGAUCCUGGACUCCUACGCCUCGUUCGAGCUUGUCAAGUCUUCGAGCGAUGCGGUGGGUGGCCUCUACUACAACUUCAGAGAGCGAGACGACGAGCUGUUCGCCGAGCCUACUUCUCGACCCGACAAGUGCAUGGCUUCCGGCGCACAGCUCUACUUCGGACAGGUCGGCGCCGAAAACCACUUCCAGGUCUCCACGAAGGAUGCCGGGAAGGGACCCCUCUCGGCCAGUGUGCUCGGUCCCAACGCCGACUCCGUCACAAGCGUUUCGGUCACCUACUGCGGCAAGGACAAGUAUACAGUCAUGUACAAAGUGAUCGAGCCGGGAUACUAUAUCAUCCACAUCAAGUGGGCCGAGUGGCCCAUACCGGACAGUCCAGUGAUAUGCGAAGUGACUGCGUGAGCCCACGGCGCACCGGACGCUCUCGGGACAGCUAAGACAGGCAGCGAGCACUGGUCAAUGCCGCAGUAAUUCUUCGACAACUUCUUUGCAAGAACGUGUGUGCGCACCCCGUUUCGGUCUACUACGUUCCCCUGUGCUGCAAAAUGGUUGCGUGUGCAAUGUACAGAAACUCACGAUCACGAAACUCUAAUUUAUUGCGAGUCACUCGCACACAUCACUUCACAUCCAUCAUUAAUAAAUGAAUAAUGCAUUCAAAAUGUU